UCUUGAUCCAACCUCACCACCGUCCCAUCUUUCCAACGUCUCUGUAAUCCACGCGCGAGCCAUCGCUAUCAUCCCUCAACGCACUUCGACGUUUGCCGUCUGCAGCAACAACCUCCCUCUGAUUGCGGCCCUAGGUGACGGCGCUAGUCUCGGCAUCCCUGACUCCUCCACCUCCAAGCUGCCUGCGCUGCGCAGCCUCCUGACCUCGGUUGCACACCGCGACGAAACGAUUCUUCCUCGCGCAUCUCUCGAGCUCCUUCAAAGACACAUUGUGUGAUAGUUGUGGUCUUCCGUCUGAAUUGGUCCGAUAAGGACCUCCCAGUCGGCACGAUGUCGAACGAUUUGACUGGAGAGCAGAUGCAGGCCAAAAUCACGGCUGCAAGAAGAGAAGCCGAAGGCCUUAAAGACCGUAUCAAGCGCAAGAAGGAUGAUUUGGCCGAUACAAGCUUGCGACAAGUUGCUCUAAACAACACCGAAAGCCUACCCCGGAUAGGUAUGAAACCGCGAAGGAAUCUCAAAGGCCAUCUUGCCAAAAUAUAUGCUAUGCAUUGGUCCACAGACAGACGGCAUCUCGUCUCUGCCUCACAAGAUGGAAAGUUGAUUAUCUGGGACGCCUACACCACCAACAAAGUACAUGCCAUUCCUCUUCGCUCCUCAUGGGUCAUGACCUGUGCAUAUGCCCCCAGCGGAAAUUACGUCGCCUGCGGUGGUCUUGACAACAUCUGUUCCAUCUACAAUCUUUCGACAAGAGAAGGCCCCACACGUGUUGCUCGCGAAUUGUCAGGCCAUUCAGGAUAUCUGUCAUGCUGUCGAUUUGUCAACGACCGAAAGAUCAUCACGUCAUCUGGCGACAUGACCUGCAUGAUGUGGGAUAUCGAGACAGGUUCCAAAGUCACCGAAUUUGCAGACCAUCUCGGCGAUGUCAUGAGCAUCAGCAUAAAUCCGACCAAUGCCAAUGUUUUUGUCUCCGGCGCAUGCGAUGCAUUUGCCAAAUUAUGGGAUGUCCGAACAGGCAAGGCUGUGCAAACGUUCGCUGGCCACGAAUCCGAUAUCAAUGCGAUCCAAUUUUUCCCAGACGGAAAUGCCUUUGGCACUGGUUCCGAUGAUGCCUCUUGCAGACUCUUCGACAUCCGAGCUGAUCGGGAACUGAUGUCUUAUCAGAAUGAACAAGUACUUUGCGGUAUCACUUCCGUCGCUUUCUCAGUGUCCGGACGUUUGCUCUUCGCCGGUUACGACGAUUUCGAAUGCAAGGUCUGGGAUACUCUCCGGGGUGACAAAGUGGGUUCGCUCAAUGGCCAUGAAAACCGAGUUAGUUGUCUUGGUGUUAGCAAUGAUGGCAUCAGUCUAUGUACUGGAUCGUGGGAUUCUCUCCUCAAAAUCUGGGCUUGGUGAAACAAAGUUGCACGGGAUAAGGGUGUAUUCUCUUCCGUCGAUGGCGAAAUGUCUUGAUGCUCAAUCUCGAGGCUGGCGAGCACCAAAACCAUCAGAAGCCGAUUUUCUUUACCACAUCCUUUCACCGACGACAACCGAAGGGAAAAGUGGAGGAAGCUUCUAUUCAACCCACAAAAAGACUUACUGGAUACUUAAGGACCUUGUGAGAGGCCGAGCAUUUCUGGGAUGGACAGACCGGGUCUCGUGGGGAAUUUUCUGCUUGCCAGACAAGAGCGUGCUUGUUUUAUCGUCUACGAUCCUGAUGACCGGGCCUGGUGCAGAUGGAGUUACUAUGCUAUGUGCCGCCACUACUGUAUGACCGUGGCCUGCUGCUCUUUCUCAAGCGUCAGCUCCACCAGCUGGUGAGUGUGCCUCCUACCACCAUUGGCACCACCUUAAAAAUUGUGCUUUCUCUUUGUUUCCUUCAGAAUAGCGUGUCAACAGCAGCGCAGAGAGAAUCCGAAAAUGAGAAUCAUACUACGGCUACAAUUACUCCUUUUCCUCCCCACGAUGCACAUGGAAAUCUACUUCCCCCCGCCAGCCACGGGCUACCAGAUGGAAUGUGGCUUUGGCAGCACUAGCCUCUGGCUGCCCUCAAGAACAUCGCUUGUGUCGCUGACAGAUUCUCAUCGUGGAAGUGCACCUUGGACACUGGCGGUGCGGUGCGGUGCGGUGCAAACGGGACAAGAACCAGUCCAUGCUUCUUGUUACUGCGGAAUGGGAUAUUCUGGGAUUUUCGAAUGAUAUGGUCACAGGUCGCGGUCAUGGUCACACUUACAGGCGUAAACUCUUUAUCACUCACAGAGUGGUUCGGCUUGGUCUAUACGCGUUGCUGCUGCAGCAGCAGCAGCUUCACCUCCUCAUCUUACCUGCAACACAGGACGGGGCUUCAUAU